AUGGCGCCGUCCGCGACCACACAUUCGACCCAGGUCACCGCUUCACACCAGGAUCAGCAUCCCAUGAGCAACCUUGUCAACCCUCUCGCGGGCAAGGUCGCCCUCAUUACUGGUGCUGGGCGCGGCAUCGGUAGGGGCAUCGCGCUGGAAUUGGGCAAGCGCGGUGCUUCCAUUGUUGUCAACUAUGGGCGCAGCUCCAAGAGCGCCGAGGAGGUAGUCGCCGAGCUGGCCAAGCUUGGGUCAAAGUCAAUCGCCAUGCAGGCCGACAUUUCCCGGCCUGAAGAGGUGGCCGUGCUCUUCGAAAAGGCCAUGGCGCACUUUGGCCACAUUGACUACAUCAUCUCCAACUCGGGCAUGGAGGUCUGGUGUGAGGAGACCGAGGUCACCCCUGAGCUCUUCAACAAGGUCUUCGACCUCAACUGCCGCGGCCAGUUCUUUGUUGCCCAGCAGGGCCUCAAGUACGGCAGCGAGGGCGGUCGGAUUGUCCUGACGUCGUCUAUUGCGGCCCAGAUGGCAGGUAUCCCCAACCACGCCCUCUACGCCGGAUCAAAGGCUGCGGUCGAGGGCUUCACCCGCGCCUUUGCCGUCGACUGCGGCCGCAAGAGGAUGACGUGCAACGCCAUCGCCCCGGGCGGCAUUCAGACCGACAUGUUUGACGAGAACAGCUGGCAUUACGUACCGGGCGGCUACAAGGGCAUGCCGAUUGACACCAUCAAGAACGGCCUGCGCAAAAUGUGCCCGCUCGACAGAGUCGGCGAGCCUGCCGACAUUGGCAAGGCGGUGUACUGCCUUCUCAGCGACGAAGGCGAAUGGAUAAACGGCCAGGUCAUUCGUUGCUCGGGAGGUGGCGUCUGA